CCCAUCACCACCAAACACCAGCAAACCACCUCCGACGGCCUCGUAAUCCUCGACCCGCAGCCCGAACCAUGCACACCGAACGACCCGCUCAACUGGCCGCGCUGGCGCCGCGACAGCGCACUCGCCGCACUAAGCCUGUUCGCGCUCGUCGGCGGCGGCAUGACGCCCGUCCUCGCGGCCGGCUUCCCCGAGGUCGCCAGCACGUUCCACACUUCGGUCCCGCGCACCGCGCUCACCACCGGCAUGUUCAUGCUGGGCCUUGGGACAGGGUGCGCUUUCACAUCUGGACCGGCUGCCGCGCUAUUCGGCAAGCGGCCCGUGUACCUCGGCGGCGCGGCGCUGUUCUGUGUGGCAUCGGCGUGGUGCGCGGCGAGUCGGAGCUUUGCGUCGCUGCUGGCGGCGCGCGUGGUGCAGGGCGUGUGCAUCAGUCCGGUAGAGGCGCUAGCAGCAGCGACGAUUGCGGAUCUGUUUUUCUUGCACGAGCGCGCGUUCAGGAUCGGCGUGUAUGCGCUGGCUAUGUUGGGUGGGAAGAAUCUGGUGCCGCUCGCUAGCGCGGCGGUGCUGGAGAGGCGAGGCUGGCGGUGGGUGUUUUGGAUCGUGGUCAUAGUGGGCGCGCUGUGCGGCGUCGUCAUGUUCCUGUUCCUGCCCGAGACGUUCUGGGACAGGGAAGAGCCGCCGCGGAACCUGCAGACGGUGCUAGUUGAGGCAGCAGCCCCGGCUCCUGAAGUCGUGGUCAGCCAAUGUAUUGGCGAAGCGGACGAGGGAAAGGACGAGAGCAGGACAGACGAAAAGGACGAGAGCAGGACAGACGAAACCGAGUCAGACCAGGCCAAGGCGUCUACCUUGGAGACAGCAACACCCGCCGAACAGUCCAGCAGCGCCCAGCUCGCCAGCACGGUGUCUGUCGAAGAUAGCCUGGCCGUAUCAACCCCUUGUCUCGCAGCCGGGUCGCCGCUUAUUCUUAAUGUCCACGACCCCGAGCGCGCCGCAACCUGUCCCCCGCCCAGCCAGAACAUAUACACCAACCGCCUGCGCCACGCGCCGCAACCCGAGUCCUUCGCGUCCCAGCUCCGCCCCUGGCACGGCCGGCUGCGGCCCUUGGAGUCCUGGCGGCGGGUGGCUGUGCGCCCACUCGUCCUCCUCACGUAUCCAGCCGUGCUCUGGUCGGCGGCCGUGUACGCGUGCAGCAUCGGGUGGCUAGUAGUACUGUCAGAAACAGUCGGGGUGGUGUAUCGACAGCGCAGCAGCUACGGGUUCGGCGCGUUUGAUGUUGGGCUCGUGUACAUGGCGCCGUUCGUGGGCGGCGUGCUGGGCACUGCGGUGGCGGGCCGCGCGUCCGACGCUCUCGUGCGCGCCAUGGCUAGGCGCAAUGCUGGCGUCUACGAGCCCGAGUUCCGCCUCGUCAUGGCGCUGCCCGUUGCCGUGGCUACUGCGGCGGGGCUGAUGGGAUUUGGCUGGAGCGCUGAGGCGGGCGAUGCCUGGGAGGUGCCGACUGUCUUCUUCGGCCUGGUCUCGUUUGGCUGCGCACUCGGCUCGACGACAGCCAUCACGUUCUGCGUCGACAGCUACCGCCAGUUCGCGGGCGAGGCACUGGUGACGCUCAACUUCAGCAAGGAUAUCUUCCACGGGCUCGUCUUUAGCAUGUUCGUGACCGAGUGGGUGGAGCGCGACGGGCCCAAGACCGUGUUCCUAUGGAUCGGCGCCAUUCAGCUGGUCCUGCUAACGACGACGGUGCCCAUGUUUCUCUUCGGGAAGCGGGCGAGGCAGUGGACGGAAAAGAGGAAGAUAUGCGCAUCCAUUAUGUGCAGUCGUUGA